AGCCUGCGAUGGCGUCAGGGCAGUGGCGGGCGCUGGCCGAGCAGUUCCAGGUGAUCUGCCCCCCCGGGGGGGCCCCAGGUGCGGGGCCCCCCGGGGCGCUGGGACGGAAGAUGACCUGUGGGCACUGGGUGAGCGCGGCUGGGCUGCGGGGCUGGGUGCGGGCGCUGCUGGACCAGGGCGUCACCUCAUUCCGCUGCCCACGCUGCCCGGACACCCCUUGGCUCUGGCAAGAGCUGUGCAAACUCAGGCUCUUCUCAGACGAGGACCAGGCCACGCUGGAGGCCCAAAUCCUGGCGCAGGAGGGGGCUAGGGGCAGUUACCGCCAGUGCCCACGCUGCCAGCACCUCGUCCAGCGCCUGGAUCCCGGGACCCUGCGCACCCCCUGCCUGCCUUGCUCCCAGCGGGCCGGGGGGCUGUACUGCUUCUGCUGGGGCUGCCGCACGGAAUGGAGGGACCCCUCAUCCCAUGCUGACUCGCGAUGCCCCCUACAGGCUGCGCUGCAUGACGCCCCCAAGAUCCAGGCCCCAAGAUCGUCCGUCCACAGCUGCCCCUCGCUGCGGGCCUGUCCCCGUUGCCACGCCCUCCUGAGCCACACCACGCAAGGCUGCCCCAUGGUGGUCUGCCCUGAAUGCGGGUGUUGGUUCUGCUACCGCUGCCUGGGUUUGUCGGGGGCACACCUGCGUUCCUGCCCCAUCGCUGACCCGCAGCUGGUCUGCGGGAGUGGGGAUGCGGUAACCCCAACUUCCAGGGGCAGCCCUGUAGUGACCGGGGUCAUGGGCUGAAUCCUGGGGCUUUGGGGAGGGCGGAUCUGAGACAAGGGGGGGCUGCUUUGACUCCCCUCCCAGGGCUGUCAGGACUCCAGGCAUCGGGGGCAGGGGCUUCCUUUCCCUUUGUCAGUGCAGCACCUGGCACAGUGAGGUCCUUGGCAUGGCUGGGGCAUUUAGGUGCCACCACAAUGUAAUGGAAUUGUGUAAGGUAAUUGUGUGUUUGAAUGAGUGAAUCAGAUCGGCAAUGAAUGGACAGGGGGAGAAUGAGGGGCCUUAAAUCUCUUCUAAUAUUACUA